AUGCACCAUUUUGCAAAAUACGCCAAGCCUACACCUACCUCGCCAGUUCUUCUGCUGCUGGAUAAUCACGAAAGCCAUAUUUCUGUGCCAGUUCUCGAUUUCUGUAAAGAAUCUGGUAUAGUUUUACUAACAUUUCCUCCACACUGCAGCCAUAAGCUGCAACCCCUUGACUUGACUGUCUAUGGGCCGUUGAAAAAUUAUUAUACGGCUAUAACAGACUGGUUGGUAUGCAAUCCAGGCAUAACGGUUUCAAUUUAUGAAAUCCCCAAGCUCGCUACUGUAUCUAUUCCGCUUGCAUUCAAGCCACAAAAUAUUCAAAAGGGAUUCGAAAAACCUGGCAUAUGGCCUUUUAACUCCAACAUUUUCACAGAUGAAGAUUUCCUUUGUUCUUCUGUCACUGAUCGCUGUUUGACCGAUACAGACAACGUUCCUGCAGAACAACCAACAGCAAACGAAGUCCCCGUAGAUCAACCAACACCAAACCAAGUCCCCGCAGAACUACCAACAGCAAACCAAGGCCCCGCAGAGCAACCAACACCAAACCAAGACCCUGCAAAACAAACGACACCAGACAGAGUCCGCGCAGCACCUUUGAUAAAUCAAAAUCAAGUGGAUCUCACCAACGAAAUGGCAGUUCCCGGGCCUUCACGAUCUAAGACUCCGAUUCAGAGCGUGACUAAUGAAGCUAUAGUAAUAACUCCCGAUUCCGUGAGACCAUAUCCGAAAGCUGCCCCCAGGAAACAGGUUGGCAUGAAGAGAUUCAUUAUGUAG